GUUUAUGGAAUUGGCUUUUUAAGUAUCAGCUCAAAAGAACUCCAAUCUGGUGACUUAAGAGGAUCGCAUAGCCCAAAUGAAAUUGUUAGCCUGUGCUCUAUUUAUUGUGGCAUGGACCACCUCUUGCCGUGCCCUGAUAGUCCCUGAAGACUGCAAUGAUGCAAGAAUAGAGAAGGAUGCAGGGGUGGCCCUGGAUUUAAUCAAUAAACAUCGCAAAGAAGGCUACGUUUUUGCCCUGUUCCGUGUUGCUGAUGCUCAGGUCCAACAGCUGAAAAACGUAUCCAUAACAUACCUAACUUUGGAUGUCUUGGAAACGCAGUGUCCUGUAAUAUCCAGAACACAUUGGUCAUCCUGUGAUCAUAGGCCAUUCUUAAGUAUAACGGAUGUGGGACAAUGUAAGGCUGUUCUGCAUAUAAAUGAACUUUCCGAAAGAAAGCUGCUGUAUGCAUACAACUGCACUGUCAGUUCAGUUCCACCAAAAACGUAUGAAUGCAAGGAUUGCCCUGUAAGAAUAACAGUUCUAGAAGACACUGAGAAGCACACCGAAAAAGCCAACAAGAUUUUAGAGAAAUACAGGCUGGGGAGCAAUGAGUCAAAUUAUUUCAAGGUGGAAAAAGUCCAAAAAGUUUUCAGAGCAAUGGCCGAUCGUACAUUAUUCAUUGUUGAAUUCACCAUAAAAGAGACAGGAUGUCUUAGAAACACUGACCCAACAACUGUUUCCCAAUGUGAAUUCCUGCCUGAUGGAAAAGCUAAUCUGGGAUUUUGCAUAGGAAAAAUACUUAAAGAGACAGGCGCUCCAGAUGUGGUCGACGUAAGCUCCUGUGCGAUCUAUGAUACUCAGAAUCUCAGCAUCUUCCAUCACCACCAACAUCACCAUCACCACUUCCACCAUGAUUCAGGAGAAGGCCACCACCGUUGCAAUGUAACUGGGCAUGAAUGCAGACAUCUGCUACAUAAACAUCCUCAUUCCCGUCGUCACCAUCAUUGUCGUCAUCCUCAUCAUCAUCGUCACCACAAUCAUUCUCACCACAAUCAUUCUCACCAUCAUGGACACCGCCACGGGUAUAGAGACUCAACACUUCCUGCAGGCCCUGCAGGUCCCAGGGGCAACCAUAAGUCUGAACAGACCCAAGAGGAACAUCCUGGCAUUCCCCCUCCUCCAGGACCUCAGUACCCUCCUCCUCCUCCCGGGGGUCCCCAUCAUUUUCCUCCUAGUAAAUAUCCACCACCACCUCUUGGGCCUCCCCCUCCCCCACCUUUUCCUCGUAGGCCAGAUGACCACCACCAGCGGCCAUAUGAGAGGUUUCCUAAAGUUGCCCUUCCCUGCCCCCAACGUCAUCACAGGUGUAAUGACACUGUGUGUAAAAGAGAAGAAAGCGGAUCCUCAGAAGAGCAAGAUUCGUUCAGCAGCUACCAUUCUUUCCAUCGUAGCAGCGGGGACUUUGUCCACCACGUUCCAAUUCCAAGUGAACACGAUGUCCUCCAAGCUCCUGGUGCCAACUUUCUUGACCAUGGAAGACAUCAUGGAAAACACAUGCUACAACCUUUCCCAGAGGUUUCCUCGGGAUCAAAGACGUGCCCAGGGAAGCCCAAAUAUGACCUCUUGCCAGGCAUUUUGUCUUUAUUUCCUACACCAUCGGCACAUUAGAAAGCUUUGCAUGGAAAUAAUAAUAACAUCGGCAUUUAUAUUUCUUUGUUUUAGUUUAAGUGUCUCAUAAAUUGUAACCACGAGAGAUAGAAUAGAAUAGAAUGAAUAGAAUAGAAUAGAAUAGAAUAGAAUAG